AAAUGCUUUGCCAGAACGCAGCUUGUUAUCAACAAAUAAAUUUAUUUAUUAAUGAUAAAGUCCAAGCCCGAAAAAUGGAAAUACAAAAAGCUAUAAUUUUAGUUAGUGAAGUAAUUCAGGAUGUACUUAAAAAUGUUGAGCAUUUGGAACCCCGAUUCAUCUCAACGUUUAUUCAAAAGAAUGAUGGCUUAUUUGAAGGAUUAGAAGUCCAUUCGUCAAAUGAAUUUGAAGUUAUUCUUUAUCUCAACCAAAUGGGAGUUUUUAAUUUUGUUGAUGAUGGAUCAAUUCCUGGUUGUGCCGUACUAAAAUUGAGUGAUGGACGUAAGAGAUCAAUGUCUCUAUGGGUUGAAUUUAUUACUGCAAGUGGAUACUUAUCUGCAAGAAAGAUACGUUCUCGAUUUCAAACACUUGUUACACAAACAAUUGAAAAACCUCCAUUUAAUGAAAAAUGUAAAUUUUUACAAGAGGGGAAUGAUGUUAAACUUUUAGUUUAUGGAAAAUAUAUUGUUCAGCUAACUUGCGCCUUUCGAUGCAAUGGAAUUUGGCCUCGUUCAGCAAAUCAUUGGCCAAGUCCCCAAAUACAAUGGCCUAGUGCUGAAGUAGCUAAAGAAGUUAGAAUUGAAGGAUUUAACCUUUUAAGUAAAGAUAUAUGGCCAAUAUCUUCUUCUUCAACAUCAACAACUAUAACAAAUAAACAACAACAUAACCAAAUAUUAUUACAACAACCCCAACAAUUAAAUAAUACAACAACAAUGACAACAAAUUCAAGUAGUAGUAGUAUGAUGGAAGGUGAUGCUUGGAUGAUUAGUAUGACACAAGCAGAACAAAUAUUACUUGAACAUAUUAAUAGAGGACGCGUUUUUUCAAUUUUAAAAACUUUGAGAGAUAGACAUUUAAAUUUUGCUGGGUCAAGUGUUACAAAUUAUUUGAUUAAAAAUUUGGUACUUUAUGAAUGUGAGAAACAUUAUAGUGAUAAUGAAUGGCAUGAUUUUUGUAUUGGAGACAGACUUAUUGGAAUUCUACUUCAAUUAGUUAGCUGUUUACAAUGUCGACGAUGUCCUCAUUUCUUUUUACCUCAUUUAGAUUUAUUAAGAGGAAAGUCAACAAAAUCGUUAGAUGAAAGUGCAAAAGCUGUCUGGGCAUUAGUAAGACAAUUAAUGUUGGAUGUAAAAUCUUUAGAGAGAUUAUAG